AAAAUAAAUAUUCAUUUAGGAUGGUUACAUAUAUGAGGAAUAGUUUCCUUACAUCUUGAUUGGUAAUCAAAAAGAUGAAUGAAAAGAUGAAACUUAUAAUCCUCAUAGUUACAGUCUUCAUUAACAUUACUUCACUGGUUCACUUGGUUGAGUCAGUUUCACCUCCAUUCGCAUGCGACUUGUCUAACCCAUCAACAAAACUCUAUCCUUUUUGCAGUAACACAUUAUCCAUAAGCCAAAGGGUCCAAGACCUUAUCUCUAGACUUACAUUAGAUGAAAAAAUAGCCCAACUAGUUAACACAGCCCCUCCAAUUCCUCGACUUGGCAUUCCUAGCUACCAGUGGUGGGACGAAGCAUUGCAUGGUGUAGCCUACGUGGGCAAUACAACCUAUGGCAUCAACUUCAAUGGAACCAUUCGGUCUGCCACCAGCUUCCCUCAGGUCAUUCUCACAGCUGCUUCUUUCAAUCCCCAGAUCUGGUUUCGCAUUGGUCAAGUGAUUGGAAAAGAAGCUAGAGCACUGUACAAUGCUGGACAAGCAACUGGACUCACAUUUUGGGCACCGAAUAUUAAUAUAUUCAGAGACCCAAGAUGGGGUAGAGGCCAAGAGACACCAGGAGAAGAUCCAUUGGUUACAGGGAAGUAUGCAAUGUUGUUUGUGAGAGGAGUUCAAGGUGACUCUUUUGAAGGAGGGAAACUUGGGGAGCAUCUUCAAGCUUCAGCUUGCUGUAAGCAUUUCACUGCUUAUGACCUGGAUAAUUGGAAGGGCGUGAAUCGGUUUGUGUUUGAUGCUCAUGUCACGUUGCAGGAUUUGGCGGAUACUUUCCAGCCUCCAUUUCAUAGUUGCAUAGAAGAAGGGAAAGCAAGUGGGAUAAUGUGCGCUUAUAAUCUCGUUAAUGGAGUCCCAAAUUGUGCAGAUUAUAAUCUCUUGUCUAAGACAGCCAGAGGAAAGUGGGGUUUCCAGGGGUACAUUGUAUCAGACUGUGAUUCUGUUGCUUUGCUGCAUGACGAGCAAGGAUAUGCAAAAUCACCAGAGGAUGCGAUCGCAGAUGUCUUGAAAGCUGGAAUGGAUGUGGACUGCGGGAACUAUAUGUUGAACCACACCAAAUCAGCAAUAAAGCAGAAAAAAUUGGCAGAAUCAGAAAUAGACAGAGCCCUUGGAAACCUCUUCUCUGUCAGGAUGAGAUUAGGCCUCUUCAAUGGCAAUCCAUUAAAACUACCCUAUGGAAAUAUUGGUCCAGACCAAGUCUGCUCAAAAGAGCAUCAGGAUCUAGCACUUGAGGCUGCCAGAGAGGGCAUUGUCCUUCUAAAGAACUCUGUUAAACUCCUCCCACUUGGGAAAUCAAAAACCAGGUCUCUUGCUGUUAUAGGCCAUAAUGCUGACGAACCACACACCCUCCUAGGAAACUAUGAAGGUCCGCCUUGCAAUAUUGUUACACCACUGCAAGCGUUGCAUAGUUAUGUUAAAAACGUAAGGCAUCACCGUGGCUGUGGCACAGCUGGAUGUACCUCAGCUUCUAUAGACAAAGCUGUAAAAAUUGCAAAAUUGGUAGACUAUGUGGUAUUAAUAAUGGGAUUGGAUCAGACUCAAGAGAGGGAAGGUUUAGAUCGCUUGGACUUGGUGCUUCCGGGGAAGCAACAGAAACUCAUCACAGAAGUUGCAAAAGCUGCAAAGAAGCCUGUGGUUUUGGUUAUUCUUUCUGGAGGUCCAAUAGACAUAUCUUUUGCCAAAAAUAAUAACAACAUUGCUAGCAUUCUGUGGGCAGGUUAUCCAGGAGAAGCUGGGGGCACUGCACUGGCAGAAAUCAUAUUCGGUGACUAUAAUCCAGGAGGGAGAUUACCAGUGACAUGGUAUCCUCAAGAUUUUACCAAAGUGCCAAUGACAGACAUGAGAAUGCGUCCUGAACCAUCUUCGGGUUAUCCUGGGCGCAGCUACAGAUUCUAUGAAGGCAAAAAGGUUUUCGAAUUUGGUUAUGGUCUCAGCUACUCAAACUAUUCUUACAAGUUCAUUUCUGUUGCCAAAAACAAUAUCUAUUUUUACAAAAGAAAAUCAAAUCCCAACAGCUACAUAUUAGUUUCAGAGUUAGGUACAAAACUCUGUGAAAAGAGCAAGUUCUGGGUUACCAUUGGAGUUGAAAACAUUGGGACGAUGGCAGGUAAGCAUCCAGUGUUGUUUUUUGUGAAACAGGCAAAGCUUGGAAAUGGGAAGGCACUGAAACAGUUGGUUGCUUUCCAAAGUGUGAAGUUGAAUGCUAAGGCGAAGGCUGAAAUAAAAUAUGAGCUUAAUCCUUGUGAGCAUCUCAGUACAGCUAAUGAAGAUGGUUCAAUGGUAAUAGAUGACGGGCUGUAUUACCUGAUCGUUGGAUCUGAAGAGUAUCCGAUCAGUGUCAUUGUUGUUUGAUACGACAAAGUAGCUUCACCAAGUUCAUGAAUCUUUGCGUUGUUGAAGCAUAGAUUUAGCUGCCAUUACUGAAUUGCAAUUCUGAAAUAAGUUGUAUGCAACUAUGCAAUGCUGAAUAUUGAAUCCAAUAACUUCAAUCUAAUGUUUUUCUACUAAAAAAUUUUCAUGGAUUACUUU